AUGAGCGAAAGCCAGAAGCUCCUGCAUGAGCACCCUUCCGACAGCGACUCAGAACCCGAACACGAGCGCAAACCAAGUCCGCGACACCUGUCUCCAUCGCCCUCGUCAUCGCGAACCACCUCCGCGUCUCCAGCACCACCCGGGUCACGCCCAAAUGGCAACAUUAAGCGGCAGUCGUCGUUCGCACAAGCCCGGCCCGAUGGCGCACCGAGGACGCCCAAUCGGGUGCGCUUUGAGGAACCCAGGAGGAGCAUGAAUGGAGACAACGGCGGCGACGACUGGCUCGAGCUCGAUGGAGACGACUACCUGGAUGGCGGAGACGGACGAGAAAGAACACAGCGGCUUCCGUUGCUUACUGGAAUCGAGGCGCCGAGCGUCACAGUCGCCGAGGAAUCCUUCAAUCCGGAAGACCAUCUCGAGAAUGCGCGACCACGGAGCGGGAUGCGGAGCGCGUUCAUGAACAUGGCAAACAGUAUAAUAGGAGCUGGUAUCAUCGGCCAACCUUACGCUGUUCGCAACGCAGGCCUCGUAACAGGCACCGCCCUCCUCAUCGGCCUUACCAUCGUAGUAGACUGGACCAUACGACUCAUUGUCAUAAACUCCAAGCUCAGCGGCACCGAUUCGUUUCAAGCCACGGUGCAACACUGUUUCGGGAAAUCUGGGUUGAUAGCGAUAUCUCUCGCGCAAUGGCUCUUACGGGCCAUCAUGAUCCUGCUCAUUCUUGGCAUAUCCUUUCCAUUAUCGCUCUAUCGGGAUAUAUCCAAGCUGGCCAAAGCAAGUGGUCUAGCACUGGUCAGCAUGACCAUCAUCAUAGUGACCGUAGUCACGCAAGCCUUCCGUGUACCUGCCGAAUUGAAGGGCCAGCUUCGUGGCAACCUCAUCAUACGACCCGGCAUCUUCGAAGCAAUUGGCGUAAUCGCUUUCGCCUUCGUCUGCCACCAUAACAGCCUCCUCAUAUACGGCUCCCUCCGCAAACCUACGAUCGAUCGAUUUACACGCGUUACACACUACAGCACCAGUAUAUCUUUAGUCGCAUGUCUUGUCAUGGCUCUAACAGGCUACUUGACCUUCGGAGACAAAACCCUCGGCAACGUGCUGAAUAACUUUCCGAAUGAUAACCUCAUGGUCAAUAUUGCGCGACUGUGUUUCGGCCUCAACAUGCUUACUACGCUUCCGCUCGAAGCCUUUGUAUGUCGAGAAGUCAUGACCAACUAUUGGUUUCCAGACGAGCCGUACCACCCGAACCGCCAUCUCAUCUUCACGACCUCGCUUGUCGUUUCCGCCCUCACACUCUCCCUCCUCACCUGCGAUCUGGGCAUUGUUUUCGAACUGUUCGGCGCAACAUCUGCAUGCGCAUUAGCCUUCAUCCUGCCGCCUCUUUGCUACAUGAAGCUGAGCCAAAGAAGCUGGAAGACGUACUUGGCUGGGGCUGUUGCGGCAUUUGGAGGUAUUGUUAUGGUCAUCAGCAUCAUCAAGACGACGAGCAAAACGAUGAUGGGUAACAGUGAAGGGGCCAAAUGUAGUUGA